AUGGAGAAGCUUCGCCAGCGCUACCGCUCAAACAAGAAACAUUCGUCUCUCUCUCUUUGGCCUUACUUCAACCUCAUGGAACGGAUGGAAUUUGGGCCAUUCCCUAUCGGGGUCCUUCCCAUUGCAGCCAUCGAUAUGCAUCGUAACAGAGACGAUGACUAUGAAGACGACGAUGACGGAGAUGAAGACGAUGAUGAUGAUGACGACGACGAAGCUAAUAAAUCUCGAAGCAUCAAUCACAUACUUGGCCGACCACCAAUGACCUCACCGUAUCCUCAGCAGUGGAAUGAUGGUGGUCGUGGCGGUGGAGUAGCAAGGCCUCCUGGGGCUUCUAGGUUUUUAAGGAAUCCGAUGUUUCGCAAGAGAAAAUCUUUCGGAAUGGAUGAAGAGGGAGGGGAGGAGGAAGAGUGA